AUGGAGCACUCAGAUUUGGUGGCCGAGAUGGCCCAGGUGGAACACCUCACCACACAGGAGAGGCUCCACCUAGCACGAAGACGACGAAUGCAGCAGCUAAAGCUAUGGCAGCAACGAGAGAAAGAAUGGCUGCGAUCACGAGCGAAACGGGAGAAGAGCAACAAGCGGAGUAUAUACUUUAGUGAUAGCGUGAUGUUGCUGGAAGCUGCCGCCAGAAACGAUAUAGACGAAGUGCGGCGUUUACUGUCUCGAGGCGUGACGCCGGACGCGACGAACGAGGAUGGUCUGACGGCGCUGCACCAGUGCUGCAUCGACAACAACGAGGCCAUGAUGCGGCUACUGCUCGACCACGGCGCCAACGUCAACGCCGAGGACAGCGAGAAGUGGACGCCGCUACACGCCGCCGCCACCUGCGGGAACCUCAACCUCGUACGGAUCCUCAUACAACGGGGAGCCAACCUACUCGCAGUCAACGGCGACGGGAACAUGCCCUACGACAUAUGCGAAGAAGAACGGACACUAGACGCGAUAGAAAGCGAAAUGGCAGCUAGAGGUGUUACCCAAAGGUUAAUAGACGACACACGAGCUUCUACCGAAAUGAAAAUGUUGAGGGAUGUCGAUGAACUAGUGAAGGCAGGGAUGGAUUUGGACGAGCCAAGGGAUAAUCAGGGUGCCACACUUUUACACAUAGCGUCAGCGAACGGGUACAUCAAGGUGGUGGAGUACCUGCUGGAGCACCGCGCGUCCACGGACGUCGUGGACCACGACAUGUGGCAACCGGUACACGCCGCCGCCUGCUGGGGACAUUUGGAGGUUUUAGAACUAUUAGUACAAUAUGGAGCUGAUCUCAAUGUGAGAAAUAAACACGAUGAAACGCCAGCAGAUAUCUGCGAGGAGGGUGAGCUACGUGCGCGUAUAUUGCGCCUGGCGGCCGACCAGGAAGAGUUGCGUCGUCACGCGGCCGCCGACCGACUGCGUACAGCGCGCCGGUCCUCGUCCAGCGCCAGCACUAGCCGGGUCCGGUCGGUGCGACGCACGUCACUACGUGAGAAGCAGCUCACUGCCAAGGCGGACGUACGGGGCGAGGCACGACUCAGGGAGACCUUCGACUCCGCCGUCGAUGAUGAGUUGCAGGGCCUAUCAAAUGGCGUGGAAAACGACCAGAACACUGCGAACCUACAACCGCUGGAGUUGUCACAUAAGCGGCUAUCGAACAGUUCCACCACCUCCAACCAGAGCUACGACUCCACCGGCGAGUACGCCGUGCCCAAACACUCGUACAACCAGCGCUGCGGCUCGCAGCGCGCCAGUGACGUCAGCGACCUGUCCGACCUCGCGCCCUCGCGACACCACAAGAUCUCCAACCCACUGUUCGGGGUCAACGCCGCCUCGCACUACGCGCCCGGCGCUCUGCCUGCGCCCGCGCAACACGAAGCCGUCAACGAACAAAGCAAACAUUACGAAAGGACGAGCUUACCCAACGGUGUCAGAAAGGCGCCCGAGGGACAGGACAAUGACAUUAUCAAAAAUGAGGACGCGAUAGACGGUAGGAAAGAACUGGUAGUGAACCCCAACCAGAUCGCGAUCACUGAAGGCGGCACAGCGACCUACACCACAGACAAUAAUGGUAAAAUCAAUGUUCAUGUCACCGUCAUGAUUAACGCAGGAACUCUCGCAGAUUUGAAAAAGCAGCGAUCUCAGAUUCGAACAAACGGUAGUCCGGUGGAGAGCAGCCUGACGUCGACGAACAACCACAGCCUGAACUCUCUGUCGGAGGUGUCGAAGGCGGACAUGCCGGUGCAGCUGAACCCGCUCAGCCUGUCGCCCAGCGCCGCCAGCGUGCCGCGCUUCUCCGGCAACACCAGCGACGUCGUCGGCGACACGCGCUCGCGGCGCUGCUGUAUCAUCAUGUAA